GGGAGCGCGGCCGGCGGCGGGAUGGGGUCGCGCAGGGUCCCCGGGCGCGGCUGGGGCUCGGGCGGGCGGUCCGGGGCGGGGGGCGACGGCGAGGACGACGGGCCGGUGUGGAUCCCCAGCCCGGCCAGCCGCAGCUACCUGCUCAGCGUGAGGCCCGAGAACAGCUUAUCAAGCAACCGGUUGUCUCACCCCAGCUCUGGAAGGAGCACCUUCUGCUCCAUCAUUGCUCAGCUAACAGAGGAGACCCAGCCGCUAUUCGAGACCACACUCAAGUCCCGGGCUGUGUCCCAGGACAGUGAUGCCAAGUUCACCUGCAUCGUCACAGGAUACCCAGAGCCAGAGGUGACCUGGUACAAGGAUGACAUAGAGCUGGACCGCUACUGUGGUUUGCCGAAGUACGAGAUCACUCACCAGGGCAACCGCCACACGCUUCACAUUUACAGGUGUCAAGAGGAAGACGCGGCCAUCUACCAGGCCUCUGCCCGGAACACCAAGGGCAUCGUGUCCUGCUCGGGGGUCUUGGAGGUCGGCACCAUGACGGAGUACAAGAUCCACCAGCGCUGGUUCGCCAAGCUGAAGAUCAAGGCUGCCGCGAAGAUGCGGGAGAUCGAGCAGAGCUGGAAGCCCCGGAAGGAGGUGGUGGGAGACGCCGACACUCUGCGCAAGCUCAGCCCCGACCGCUUCCAGCGGAAACGGCGGCUGAGCCGGGACGAGGCGUCCCUCCCCUCGGCCCCCGCCCGGGAGGCUGAGGACGGGACCCCAGCAGCUUGGCAGGAGGAAGAGGCGGCGCCCGCUCAGCGCCCAGCGUUGGGCCUCCUCAACAGCUUUGCUCCCGGAGAGGUGACCACCAACGGGGAGGCUGCCCCCGAGAAUGGGGAGGACGGCGAGCACCCGCUGCUGACGUACAUCUGCGAGGCCAUGGAGCUGGCGCCUCAGCGAGCCCCCAAAGCAGAGUCUGGGGCCAAGAAGAAGAAGAAAGACGAGGAACCUAAGCAAGGUCUCCAGAAGCCGGAGUCCGAGAAGGCGGCUCGAAGCCCAAGUUCUCCUGAAGGCCGCGCCCCUAGUUCAGACAAGUCCGGGACGCAGGGCCCUGCGGACGUGGAGCAGGCCCAGACCCGGCGCGGAGGCAGGGCUGCGCGGGGCCCGGGGUGCUCUGGAGCAGAGAGCAGCAGGAAGCCCGCUCCGGCUGUGGGCGCUCAAGAGCCGGCCCGGGAGGCCCCCGGCCCAGGCCCCGUCCCAGCCCCAGACCAGCAAGUGUAUUUCUCCCUAAAGGACAUGUAUCUGGAAAGUACCCUCGCGGGCAGGCCGAAGGGGGAAGAGGGCUCCCAGACCCCAGGCGGCAGGGCACCUGGAGAGAGGCCCCCUGGGAAGGUACCCAGUGAGGCUGGAGGUGAAAAGGGGGCUGUUGCCCCCGCCCAGCCCACCGCCUCGGCCCCCCAGACAACUAGGCCUUUCAACAGGAAGAGAUUUGCCCCUCCGAAGCCCAAAGGGGAGCCCACUGCCAACAGCAAGCCGGAUCGUUCCCCGAGUGGAGCUCCAGAGCCAGGGGCCCAGAGCUCAGGGAAGGCCCCACCUCAGGCCUCGGCCCCAGUGCCCACACCCCCUGCCCGGCGGAGACACGGCCCCCGGGAGAGACCCCUGCAGGGGCCAGCCGGCCACAGGACUUCGGGAGAGGUCCCGGAAUCCCAGGCAAGCCCGGCUCCUACCGCGCUGGCCGCCAACACCGCCGACAUGGUCUCUGUGGGUUGCAGUGACUCCAGAAGCCGGGGCAUCGUUGAGCCCAUGGACACAGACACCCAGGAAGCUGGGAGGACAUCUGCUGACCAGAAACGUGGAGGCAAGAAGAAUACAGAGGCUGAUGGGAAGAUGCAGGUGGAUGGGAGGACCCAGGGAGACAGGACACAGGCCACCCAGACGACACAGGCAGAUAGGAAGAGCGGGGUGGACAUUGGGCCACGAGAAAGUGAGAGGCCAGCAUCCGCCAGGAGGUCCCAGGAGGAUGUGGUGGCCCAGGGAAGGGCAGGGACGCAGGUGGAAAGGACACAGAGGAAGGAGGACACAGGCAGGAGGAUGCAGGAAGACAGAGGGACACGGUCUGAGGAGAGCACACCCACAGCCAUGAAAGGUCAGUCCGAGAAGGGCUCCGUGAGCAGCCCUGGCGCACAGUCCAGUGAGUGUUUCGACCAGACCCCUGAAGGGCCCUCUGUCCCAGAAGAACCUGGUUUUGUGCUCAGAUCUGAAGAAGCGGCACUCACAGCCCCCAGGAGCUACGAGCCAGCACUUCUGGCUGCCCCAGGAGGCGGUCGCACGCUCCCAGUCCAGCGGCCUCUCCAGGGUGGUCUGGAGCAGCGGGGAGGGCCUGAGUGGCCGGGGCUGGUUAAGGACAAGUCAGAGGAUGGCCUGAUCCCAGGCCCCAAGGAGGAGCAACUGAAGGAGGUGCUGUCCGUGGAUCUAGGUGGCUGUCCUCCAGCUGGCCGGAGCCCGGAGGUGCCCACUGUACCCUCUCCUCCCAGGCGGGCCCUGACCACGAGCUCUCGGGAGGCUCCGCCCAGCACUCCGGCCCCUGAGCACACGUGUGCUGCUGCCUUCCUGCCCUCUGGGGACCAGGCCUUGCUGAGGCCGGCUCCCCCACUGUCCCUGGGGCCAGAGACCCCCACCCAGAGUCACCCACCAGCAGCCAUGUCUGCCACCAGCGAGGGGGCCUGUGCCCCAGGGCCGGAUGCGGAGGGGAGGCCCCCGGGUCCCCAGAGCUGCGACCCCGGCCUCAUAGACUCCCUGAAGAACUACCUGCUUCUGCUGCUGAAGCUCUCCAGCACAGAGCCGGGGGGCGGGGGCGCCGAGGCGCAGGGGGCAGCCGCCGCUGGGGCUCCGGUGUCCUCAGCCGCUCUGGUCCCCGACGUGGAGGUGGCCGGUCUGAGUCCCCGGACGUCCAGGCGCAUCCUGGAGCGCGUGGAGAACAACCAUCUAGUGCAGAGCGCCCAGAGCCUGGCGCUGAGCCCCUGCACCUCCCGCCGCCUCACCGGCCUCCUGGAUCGUGAGGUGCAGGCUGGCCGUCGGGCCCUCGCAGCAGCCCGGGGCCCUGGCCCCAGCAGCCUCACCGUCCCUGCCAUCGUGGUAGGUGAGGAGGGGGCCUCCGAAGGAUCCAGUGAGGGCGAGGCUGAGGGUCCUCCCGAGGGGCCUGGGCUCCCAGGGGCCUCCCCGGAGAGCGGUGUACGCGGGUGGCUGGGGGAGACGAGUGGGCAGACGGCCUCGGGUCCAGGAGCACUCCCAGCAGACAGAAGGGCCCAGGAGCCCUUCCAGGAGGAGGAGGCCCCAGGGGAGGCCCUGACAGGCCUCCCCGCAGCGACACCGGAGGAGCUAGCUUUGGGGGCCCGGAGGAAGAGGUUUCUCCCCAAGGUCAGAGCAGGAGGAGAUGGGGAAGGAGCCAAGGCUGAAGAAAGGGAGAGCCCCACGGUUUCCCCUCGGGGGCCCAGGAAGGGCCUGGCACCCGGGUCCCCGGGGACCCCAGGGCGGGAGAAACGUUCCCCAACCCAGGGUAGAAAGGCCGGCAUGUUGGAGGUGCCGCGGGCAGAGGACGAGCUGGCAGCAGGAGACCUGGGCUCCGGCCCCAAGGCCAGCAGUGCGGACGCAGAGCAAGUCCUGGAUGAAGGCAAGCAGGACGCUUCGGCCAAGUCCAAGAAAGCCAAAGACCUGCUGAAAGCCCCACAGGUGAUCCGGAAGAUUCGGGUGGAGCAGUUUCCUGAUGCCUCGGGCAGCCUGAAGCUCUGGUGUCAGUUUUUCAACAUUCUCAGUGACUCAGUCUUGACGUGGGCCAAGGAUCAGUGCCCAGUGGGCGAGGUGGGCAGGAGUGCCGGGGACGAGGGGCCGGCAGCCUUGGCCAUCGUGCAGGCGUCCUCCGUUGACUGUGGCGUGUACCGAUGCACCAUCAACAAUGAGCACGGUUCCGCCUCUACCGACUUCUGCCUCAGCCCCGAGGUGUUGUCGGGAUUCAUCUCCAGAGAAGAAGGUGAAGUUGGAGAGGAGAUUGAGAUGACCCCCAUGGUCUUUGCAAAGGGUCUGGCUGACUCUGGCUGCUGGGGGGACAAGCUCUUUGGACGCCUGGUGAGCGAAGAGCUACGAGGGGGUGGACAUGGGUGUGGCCUGCGGAAGUCCUCCCAGGCCAAGGUCAUCUACGGCCUGGAGCCCAUCUUCGAGUCAGGCCGCACGUGCGUCAUCAAGGUGUCCAGCCUUCUCGUGUUUGGACCCAGCAGCGAGACCUCUCUCCUGGGCAGAAACUACGACGUCACCAUUCAGGGCUGCAAGAUCCAGAACAUGAGCCGGGAGUAUUGCAAGAUCUUUGCAGCCGAAGCCCAGGCGGCCGCUGGCUUUGGAGAGGUGCCAGAGAUCCUCCCACUGUAUCUCAUCUACCGGCCGGCCAACAACAUCCCCUACGCGACCCUGGAGGAGGACCUGGGCCGGCCCCUGCAGCCCUACUGCUCCCGGGAGUGGGGCAGUGCCCCGCCGGAGACGGCUGGCAGCUCUGAGGUCAGGCAGAAAUGCCAGACUUUCCAGCACUGGCUCUAUCUGUGGACAAAUGGCAGCUUCCUUGUCACGGAUUUGGCAGGGGUUGAUUGGAAGAUGACAGAUGUGCAGAUUGCAACCAAACUGCGAGGAUACCAAGGCCUCAAGGAGAGCUGCUUUCCCGCCCUGCUGGACCAGUUUGCCUCUUCCCACCAGUGCAACCCUUUCUGCGAGAUGCUGGGGCUCCAGCCCCUCAAAGGCCCCGAGGCUGCCCACCCUCCGGGCAAGGCCAAAGGCUCCAAGAGCCCAUCCACGGGCAGGAAGGGCGGCCAGCUGAGUCCUCAGCCCCAGAAGAAAGGCCCCCCCAGUCCCCAGGGCACCCGGAAGAGUACGCCAAGCACCAAGGCCACCCCUCCAGCAUCAGGGGCACUCUCCACCCAGUUACUGGGACAGCCUCCCACCCAAGAGGGCAGCUCCAAGGCCCAGGGCCUGCGGUAGCCCCCACAGGAGGCUGGGGGCCUCCACCCGGCAACAGACCAACAAGGAAGCAGCUCGAGGCGAUGGAGACUUUCCGGAACUACGGAACUAACCAAAGAAGGUGUGCCGAGGAGGCGCCACGGGGGGCUCUCAGAGCAGCUCUUCUCGGUCCUCUCCUCAGUCCGCCCCUCAUCGGACGGCUUUUGUACGUGGUGGCACCCGGGGGCCCCUCCUGGUGCCGCCGCUGGCUGGGGCUCCCAGGCCCCACUCCCAAGUGCCUGGCGGUCUAGCCCCUCCUUGAAGUUUACACGGGCCACUGCUGGAGGCUCCCGAGCCCUCUGCAUGAGCUCUGCACCCAGCACCCCACCAUAGACCCUGCCAUGAAUGCCGUACUCUAGGGGCGCGCCGACCAGCGGUUACCCUCUACCUUUGCUUGGCCCCGAUCUCUCCCCGUCCUCGGGGCUCCAGACUUCCUGCGCUGAGUCUGGCCUGGUGACUCUCAGGGAGCUUUCUCCUUCCAGCUGCUUGGCCUCUUGCCUCCCAGCGUGUCCUGCGACUAACCUGUCACUGAGGCCACAUGGGGCUCAGGGCCCUUCUAGAGCCUGUCUUGUUCUUGUGCGGUGGUCUUUGGUGAUGCGUGUUCUUAGGCUCCCUCCCCCAGCACUCAGGCACUCACGCACCUGCUUGCUGUGCU